AUGGCGGUAGUUCUACUUGGUCAAGGCGAUCGAGAGGGUGCACUAUGCGCAUUCGACCUUGCCUUUCUUGAUUGUGAGCCGCGCGAAAACAAAUUUCUCUUACUUCUGAAGUCUAUCCUUGUGUUCGAAUCCGGAAAUCAAGAAGAGGCGAUAAGACGUGUUGAGUGCCUUGCUAGGAGCGCAAACAAUGAGAGUGACGAUGAAGUCCUUGGAGUUAUGUACAUGAGGACGGGAAAUUACGGACAUGCGAUGCCAUUGAUCGGGUUUGCGACGGAUCUAGCCCCAAAGAACAAACAAUGUUCUCUGCUAGUGGCGAUCACACUGAUAUUUGGGUGGAGUUUCGGUGGACUGGACAUCGCUGCUCAGCAGUGUCUAUGUGAAUCCCUCUAUGCUGAAGAACGUACCGCCGAAGCCGUGGACAUUCUCCUCAAUAUCAUCAGGACAUCAAACGAAGAGAGGCAGGGGAGCGAGGCAAUUGCGAACUGGAUCACGGAUUUCACCGAAAAAUGCACUACCACACUGGAGCACGUUGGCGAUGAAGGCUUCCGGUCUGCAAAAUAUGACGAAACAAUAAAACUGUCCUCGGCUGCAUUGUCGCUCAGUUCUCCAAGUCCCACAGGUCUCCAUAUCAUGCGGAGCAAGGCUCGAGCAGCAAAAGGAUUGUGGGAGGAUGCACUGCAGGACGCGAACGAGGCAGUGAAAGCGGACCCCUCCAAUCCUUGGGGCUAUGAAGCCAGACACGAAGCACUUCAUGGAGCGAAAUGGUAUGACGAAGCGAUUGAUGCUUUCAAGUCUAUGCUGCAAGCGAUCGAAAAGUCUCCUGACCCUGCAAUCAGGCAACUGCGCAAGAACUACAUUUCUCCUUCUGAAGCGAUUGCGGCUAUCCAUCGUAUCGUUCGCGAGAUCCUCAAAAGUUGUCCCUUCGUCGUCAUCGAUGUCACUACUGGUCGCCUUUGCGAUGGUCCUGAGCGGAUGCGUAUCUUUAUGGCCGAUGCAGCGUUCAAAGAGCUUGUUUCGUCCAUGACUAAACAAGUAGAUAACGAGCGGAUCCUACGCUUGGUUACAAGAUUUUUCGGAUACGUCAUGUUCUCGCACGUAUGGCAGGGGAACGAGCCAUUAUUUCAGGAUGUCAACGUUGAAAAAUCCGUGUGGAACCUUCCCUACACGUCCCUCAAUGAAAAGUUGCGCAAUUUCUGCAAGGAGACGCGCAGACUUGGUUAUAACUGGGCAUGGUCGGAUACGUGUUGUAUCGACAAGUCCACGAACUCCAUCCUCAAUCAAUCUCUUACAUCAAUGUAUACAUGGUAUGCGAACUCGGCAGCCACGCUCGUAUUCCUUGCCGGCGUAGCUCACCCAUCCAAGCCCGGAGACCUUAGACGUAGUUUAUGGAUGGCACGAGCAUGGACUUUGCAAGAGCUUCUCGCACCAAAAUUCGUCUUUUUCUAUGACUCUGAAUGGAAGCCAUACCUUGGCGACGCUGUCGUGAACCACAAAGAAUCUCCGGCGAUUCUACAAGAACUAGUAGAUGCUAUUAUGAUUCCCCGCGGAACCAUCGUCACGUUCUCCCCAGACGAUCUCGGGGUGCGCGAGAAACUUCGUCUCGCUUCGACGCGCAAUGCGAUGAUCGAGGAAGACGUCGCGUACUCUCUGAUCGGGAUAUUCAAGUCCAAUAUUAGGCCUCAGUACGGCGAAGGAGCUAACGCUCUCGGACAUCUCCUGGAAGAGAUCGUGACCCGCUCCGGCGAGGUCUCCGUGCUUGCGUGGUCAGGAAAGUCAUCGUCAUACAACAGCUGUCUCCCAGCUUCCCUUUCCGUUUACAGUCAAACUCCUCACAACCUUCCGUCACUCGAAGGGGAAGAGAUGGAGACCUGCAUCACAAAGUUACGUGGCAAGUUGUCCCAGCAGGAAGCCCUGAGCAUCUAUAAUCAGAUUAACCUUCUUCCACCCGCCCGUUUCGCGACCCAACGUCUACAUCUUCCAUGCGUCGUCUUCUCUGUCAGGCGCCUCCGAAUACAGGCGCUACGUAGUGGCGACGAAAAGCUAUAUCGCGCCAAGGUAUCAGGGCUUGGAAGAGUAGAGUUCAGGACGGCAGAUGAUCUCCCGCUGCACGAACCAAAGAAAUUCGUCUUCGCGCAUCCGUGGAUUCAUCGUAUCCAGGGUCCGAGUGGUGAGGUUGUCGCAGAAGGUGACUCGCUGUCUGAUACCGACUCUGACUCGGAUUGGGAUGGCGACGCUAGAUCUGACGAAGUUGUGGCUUUACAUACUGUCUCCAUGCCUCAGGUUGACGACUAUACCCGGGCGCUACAGAUGAUUGCUCGCCUCGGGCAGCCGUUCAACGCGCUACUUCUCGCACAGCAAAUGCAUGGAGAGUACAAGAGAGUUGCUGCAGAGAACGAGAUUGUCAUCUCUGGACUCGGAACCGACAUCACCUCCAAGCACAUUCAGGUACAAGUGUUGGAAAUCAUUUGA